AUGGAAGCUGCAGCACCAGCGCCGGUUAAUAUAGGCGGGCGCCGCGAGCCUUCUACUGAUCCCGUUAAAGCCCAGGGCAUAUUGAACUCGGUGAUGAAAAAAUCAAAGUCUGCAGCGAAGCUCUGGCCGCAACGUUGGUAUUUUUAUAGCAAAAUUAGAGAAAUACAAGAAGAGGAAGCUCAGAAAGUAGGCAUGACCGUGGAAGAAUAUCGGGCGGCCCUGCAGUCACAUAGCAGUCAACUCGAGCCCAAGCAGUAUCCUGUUACUGUGGAUCCGUCUCCUCACCCACUACCACCCACAUCGGCAGCCAUGAUAGGGCGUCGCGCGCAAUGUCCUUUGGAGCGUUUCGGUCGUCUAGUGAAAACCGACCGAGAUUAUCCUCUCCGCCCACCAUUAAGACCCGGACAAAUUUACGACCCUUACAAGCAGACAGUUGUAUUCUUAGGAAGUGUCGAUGGGGACCCGAUUUCGUACAAACUGCCACCGUCACGUUGUGAGAUGACAGAUGAAAUGUGGGCGCGUCCGCAACAGCUGACCGUGUCGCCCCUCGGCUGGGACAACUUACAGAGAAUUAUGAAUGAGACUGAAUAAUUUAUUAUAACAAAACGACAACUUUACCAACUAAAUAUCUUUUUAAAACUUUCUACUUUUUAUGCUAUUAAGUACAAAUAUUAAACAUCUCAUCACUUCGCUACUACAGCAGGUAUAAUUCUCACAAUGCCUUCUUCCGCACUUUUGUACACGAAUGGUCAAAUCUAUUAUCCUUCCAAUACAUUACCUAUAAUUACGAUAUAAACAUGUUUUGCUCUAUUUCACUUUAAUAACUAUUUUUUUCUCUAAAAUACCAAUGUACUAGAAGUGCAGUGCAGUAAUAAGUUCCUAAAGUGUAUGGCAGAUGGUGCUAGCAUCGUUAGAAGUGAGAAAAUAAUAAAAAUCACAUGAGACUUGAAUGGAAUUAAAAAAACCGUUCAAUAUUGCUCUUUAGAUAAAAUUAAAAGAUCCCCCAACAAUGCUAUAAAGCGGAGGGUAAAAUGGAAUUGAUAACAGAUAAGGCAUUUUCUUCUUAUAACCUUUGUGAACAAUUUUCAAAUAAAUACAAAUAUCUACAAUUUUAUAUGUCA